AUGCUGCUGGUGGUCGUGGUGCUCAUCCCGGUGCUGGUGAGCUCGGGCGGCCCGGACGGCCACUACGAGAUGCUGGGCACCUGCCGCAUGGUGUGCGACCCCUUCCCCGCGCGGGGCCCCGGCGCCGGCGCGCGGCCCGACGGGGGCGACGCCCUGGGCGAGCAGAGCGGGGCGCCCCCGCCUUCCACGCUGGUGCAGGGCCCCCAGGGGAAGCCGGGGCGCAGUGGCAAGCCGGGACCCCCGGGCCCUCCGGGGGAGCCGGGGCCUCCGGGCCCCGUGGGGCCCCCCGGGGAGAAAGGGGAGCCCGGCCAGACCGGCCCCCCGGGGCUGCCCGGCUCGGGGGGCAGCAGCGGCGCCAUCAGCACGGCCACCUACACCACGGUGCCGCGCGUGGCCUUCUACGCCGGCCUCAAGAACCCCCACGAGGGCUACGAGGUGCUCAAGUUCGACGACGUGGUCACCAACCUGGGCAACAACUACGACGCGGCCAGCGGCAAGUUCACCUGCAACAUCCCCGGCACCUACUUUUUCACCUACCACGUCCUCAUGCGCGGAGGCGAUGGCACCAGCAUGUGGGCGGACCUCUGCAAGAACGGACAGGUACGGGCCAGCGCCAUUGCCCAGGACGCCGACCAGAACUACGACUACGCCAGCAACAGCGUCAUCCUGCACCUGGACGCGGGGGACGAGGUCUUCAUCAAGCUGGAUGGGGGCAAAGCGCACGGAGGCAACAGCAACAAAUACAGCACCUUCUCCGGCUUCAUCAUCUACUCAGACUGAGCCCCUCCCCAUCUCUGUCUCUGGCCAGUCUCCAAACCCCAAGUCCACAGCUCCCAGUGCACCCCUAAGGGGUGUAGGAGGGGAACAUGGUGCCCUAUGAGUGCAUAGCAUGGGAUUCAGAUCCGGGAGGCAGUGCCACCACCCCUGUUGCAUUGUUGAAUUGCCCGCCGCUGCUGGGGAUGGGACUUGUGGAGCUCUCCUGCCCCCUGGGGUGAGACUAGCUAGGUUUGGGGCCGUCUGGAAGACACCCCAACAUUCCAGCUUCCCGGCUGCCCUGUCUGACCAAAGCUACAAUAAAAACCACUCAUUCUGCAGGCUUUCCGAGCUGCCCUGGAGAGGCAGAGGUGCCCUACUGUCCUCCAGACCAGGAGGGGGUUGGGGGAGACCAGUUGAUCAGUCAGAGCAUGGACAGCACUCCAACCUGUUGGAGAUGGAGAUGGCCCUUUUAUCCAUCCCUUAAAAUGGUCCCAGCUUCCCAAAGGCAUGGCAAGGUUUAGGCUGGGAAGAGCCCCUUUAUGUCCCAGCACCCCCACCUGUGAUGCUGAGCACUCUCCUUUCCCACCCAGUGGGUCAGUGACCGCCACAUAAGGGACAUGCUUCAUACUCAAAGAGCUGGACGUUGGCCACAUCACUCCCCGGGUCUCAGCAUGGCUGACUGCAGUGCAGGUGAAGAGACCGUGGGCUGAAGAUUCAGAUGGAUAAGCAUGUGCUCAAUAAACCCCGCUGUUCUCUGUC